AUAAUUUAAAAAUAAUAUAAAAUUAAAUAAAUGUAAUUAAAAAAGGUGCAACGAAAGAAAUUGGAACUGCUUUAACUCGAAUAUGUCUUAGACACAAAGCAGUAGAAACACGAAUGAAAUCAUUUACUAGUGCUAUUAUGGAUUGCUUGGUAUUACCUCUUCAAGAAAAAUUAGAAGAUUGGAAAAAGUCUUUAAUAAAUUUAGAUAAAGAACAUGCCAAAGAAUAUAAAAAAGCAAAAGCAGAAUUAAGAAAGCGUUCAACUGAUACAUUACGUUUGCAAAAGAAAAAAGCGCGAAAAGGUCAACAUUUACAAGGACAAUCACAAGGAUAUGGAACAUCAUCAGGAGAUAUUGAAUUGAAUCGAAUGUUAGAAUCCUCAGCUGCUGUUGUUCAAGAAAAACGAUUAAGUUUAGAAGAAACAGAAAGAAAAGCCGUUCGCGCAGCUUUACUUGAAGAAAGAGGAAGAUACUGUCUUCUUGCCAGAUUUUUGAAACCAGUACUAGAUGAAGAAAUUGCAAUGCUAAUGGAAUUGACACAUCUUCAAGAAGUUUCUGAUCAAUUACAACGUCAUGCAGCUUCUCCUCAUCAUUUGCCUCCUGCAUCAGAACAAGUGAUAACAGAUAUAAAAGGUUGCGAUGUAACACAAUGGUCACUUGCUACUCCUCCUUCAAGUCCUUCUUUAUCACUUGGAUCAAGAAAAAGUUCAAUGUGUUCAAUCAGUUCUUUAACUAGUAGCAGUAGUGGUUCUUGUAAAAGUCAUCCAAGUCCAUCUGGACAUCCUUGGCAUAGAUCACUCUCUCAGUCUGUUGGAGUCAGGCCCUCCAGUAUCAGCAGUAUGAUGACACUACGCCACUUGGUAAACGGUAGUUCCCGUGACUCUGGCUUCACUUCUCAGGAUACAUUAUAUACACAACCAAUUUCUGAACAUCAGGUAUCAAAUGUGUCUUCUCAAACUAAUCAAAAUACUGGUUGUACUACAACAAGACCUGUAACUACUGCUACUUGGCCUGACUUACAGGAAACAUCAGUUCAAUAUGACAGGCAAAAUCAGAAUGCAAUCAAUGAACGGCCGCAUACGAUCUCAUCUGCUUAUGAAAAAGGCCAUCAAAGACCAGCACUCAGUGUCUACACAUUCCAAGCUCCAGAUAAUAGUGGUUGUUGUCAUAGUCAACCUGCUUCUCCUGUUUCAUCUUCCUCUUCAUGUUCUUCCUCUAAUCAACAAGCAUCUAGAGUACAAUUGCGUAGAAAUAAUGGUAGCCAUCGUCCUCCAAUACCGAAUAGAUGUUCCAGUUUAGAACGACCAACAGUUCCAGUGAAAAAUGAACCUCCUGGAAGUCCUCGAGGAAAACCUAAAUUACCACUUCCAGCACAUUUAGCAAAGGAAUUAGCAACUCAUCAACUUCAACAACCUAUGUAUGUAAAUAUGCACGAAUUAGCAAAUUUAGCUGCAAGUCGUGCUCAAGAGAUGCAAUUACCUUUACCACCACCUCCUGCAUCAUUAUCAGGAAUUGAAAAGACUGAAAUUACGGAAAAAGAUGGUGGAAGUCAGACAUCAGAAUCUAGUGUUGAAUCUAGUAGUGGAUAUGGAAGUCAAACUACUAUACCGCAUUCUCAUUCGCUCCAUAAUCCAAGUGAAAAUGCUUGGAAUGUAUCUGGUGUUGCGUCUACUUUAACUGUUCGAAGAGGUUCGAUGCAACAAGCAAAUAAACCUUUGCCACCAACAAGACGAACAUCUACUAUUAUAACUGCCACAUUCAAUAAUCCGUCAUCAGGUUCUAAUGAUGAACGCACUGAUAAUACGUGUGACGAAACCGAAAACCUUCCUCCGCCGCCAGCAUUUUUGUUAGAAAGUUCUUCACCUACAGCCAGUCCUACUCCUCAGCGAUCUAUCUCAGUGUCAGAAACAGUAAGAACUCUCACAGAGUUACGUCAUACACCUGCUAGUCCAUCUCUUUUACGAAAGGUUACAGGACAGGCACAAUCUCAUAAUAAUUCGUCUGCUACAUUACCACAUAAUGCUGUAUUGCAAGUAACUCGAUCUUCUGUUGAACGUUCAUGUGCAGCAAUUCGUUCAGCUUCUCAAGAACGUAGUUCAAAUACCACACAAAUAACUGCUAUCAAUACAGGUGUAAAUAUACAAGGACAAGGUCCAGGAGGAGUUGGCCAAAGUUUUAUGGCGGUUCUUAGUGCUAAACUCAUUAAUAGUUCAGGUAAUAAUGCCACAAGUGGUAACAAUACAAAUAGUAGUCCUAAAUCUACUAGAAAACACUCCGUUGAACAACAAAUAAGUAAAAAUUCUAAAACACCAUCUGGCUUUCUUGAAACUUUAAAUGCUAAAUUAGCCCAACAACAACAAAAUUUGCAAGGAAAUAAUACAACGAGUAGAUCUGCAAGCGUGAGACGCAUAAUGGGUAAUCGUGUACCCAUUAUGGAUCCUUUACAAGUAAGAGAUUCUCUUAUGGAUCAAAUACGAAAAGGUACCUCUUUAAGAAAAACCAGUGGUCCCAUUAAUGAUCGUUCAGCCCCUAAAAUUUAUUAAAUACUGAUGUUUAUGCAAGUUCCUUUGCUAUCUUUGAUGCAUCUGAAUUGCGAUUGUUGAAUAUUUCACAAUACGCAUUAUCAAGUUUGAACAAUAAUGCGUUUAUAACGCCAAAUAAAAUGGCGCUUGUCAUUGGUGAUCGUAUAUAUGUACCUUUAUGAUACAUUCAAUAACUGAUAAUGAAUUAGACUGAUUUUUUUGCACUUCGGUGUUCUAAUACCGAAUAAUUCAAAUUUAAUAAA